AUGGAAAGGUACUAUAAUUAUUGAUAAUUUUGAUAGAUAGCUUAUUUAAACAAGUGGACAAUUAUUAUUAGUUAAUUUUUUGAGUUCCCAUCCUAAUGCUAAUUUAACUACAAUUUUAGAUUUUAUUGUUUAAGAUGGAUUUAAUGAAUAAAAUAAUAAGUUAUUCAUAGAAUAGUAUAUAUUCCAUUUAAUAUUUUAGUGUUAUACAAAGUUAUUAAACAUUUUGGGAAAUGCUAUUAAUCAUUAAUUUUGAUGAAACAUCAUAAAACUCUAAGUAUCAUUUAAAUUAUUAUUUUAAGUUAUCCUUUCAUUGUUACAGAAAUGGUUAAAAAUAAACCAGAAUAGAUCUUUGAUUUUCUCUUUCAAUUUAAUCAAAUUGAAUUAGAUGAUUCUAUGACUUUUUUAUUCUAAACUAUUGAUAGAGACUGUUUAGAUGAGACUAAUGCUGGUUAUUUUUCAAAAUUCAUUUGUAGUCUUAUAAAAAUUAGAGGUUCAGAUGUAUUUCUAUUAAAAUUAUAAUAGCUUUGGAGUUAUUUAUAAAUUAAUGGAAAAUAUAUUUAUGAAGAUCUAAUUAAAAAUAUUAAUAUCAAUCAUAUUGCUGAUAUUAUUUAUAAUUUAAUAGCAUUAAUCAAUAAUAAGGGCAAUCUAGCAUCUAAUUAUAAUUAAGACAGAAUUUGUUUAUUAAAUAGAACUAUUGAUAUUCUAUUAAAUAAAUAUUAUGAUUCAUAAAUAGUUGAAAAUGUAAGUAAUAUACUUAUAGAUUUAUUAAAAAAUGUAACAGAAUAGGAUUUCAAAUAAUUGAUUCUUGAAAAAAUUUGUAUUCCUAACUCUUACUUUGAUUUAAUUGUAAUAAUAAUAAUAAUAUAUUUAGUUAUAAACAAAGUCAAGUUUGUUGGUUGAUCUUUUAAUUUAGUUACUCUAUGAAAUCUAAUAAUUUACAAUUGUCACUCAAUAGAUAUAACCUGAUUUUGAAUUUAACUAUUAAUAAUUUUAAUAUAUAGGUUAAAGAUUUGGCUCAGCACUUACUAUGGAAAUGAAUAUAAGUAUUUAUUUAAAUAAAUAAUAAGAUAACUUUAUUAGUACAUAUGGAGUUUCAUAAGAAAUAUUGGGAUAUACAAAAUUAAAAUUAAUAGAAUUCUAUUAUAAAAUUCUCUAAAGCAAUAAUUUGACUCUUAUUAAUUAUUUUAAUCAUUAGCAGAUUUUUUAAAUACUAAUAGAUUUUAUCUAAAGAUUUGAAUUCAACAAUUAACUUUAAAAUUAUUUUAUGGAAAUUACUCUUUUCAUCUUUUGCAAUCAAAAUUUAGGAUUUAUAUAAUAAAUUAUUAUUGAUUCAAAUUUACUUGGAUUUUUAUAUUUCCUAAAUAAAGAGUAUCUUAAACAAGUUGGUUCAAUAAAAAAACCUAUUACAAAAGGCUAUUAGGGAAUUGUUAAUAAAUUGUCAUACUUUUUCAGAGAAAUUAACUAUAAUGAUGAAUGGAAUCAGUAUAUUGAAAAUCAUCAAAAAAUAUUCAAUAUUGAAAAUAAUUAUUUAUAUGGUAUUCCUCCUGGAUAAGAAUAAGAAAAUUAAUAAGAAAAUAUAAUGUAUUAUUUUAAUAUAAUAUAUAUAGGAAACCAUAAUAAGAGGAGAAGUAAGAAGAAUCUCCUGAAAUUGAAAUGGAAACAAAUUUACAUAUUUAAUUAAAUAAGGAUCAAGGUAUAAAUAUUAACUAUUUUUAUAGUUAAAUAAGCUGUUGUUUUUGCAGAAAAUAAUUUUUAAGAUUAAUCUAAUUUUGGAGAAGUUCUUGGAGAGUAGAUUCUCCAUUAAAUAGCCAAAAAAUAAAAAAUGUAAAUUUCAAAAAGUGGAUCAUUUGAUAUUAAUACAAAAUUUGAUUUUAGCACAAGAUUUUGGAGGAGAUCUUCUUUUUAAAAAGACAAAUACCAUAUGAAAAGGAGAUCUUUAUCUUAAGAAAAAGUUAAAUAAGUUGAAUAGGUUGAAGAAAUUAAAUUUACUUAAAGUGUAAUAUUUUAAAGAUAAGAUUAAACAGAUAUAACUCAAAAUAUUGAUAAUUGA